AUGCUCGUGGCUUUUGCCAUGAAUGCUGGUUUUGCUGGUGGAGUGGUUAUUGACUGGCCUCAUAGUUCGAAAGCAAAGAAAUCCUACCUUGUCCUCACUUGUGGUUCACCUUCUGUUGCCACAUCUCUCCCAAAGGCGAAAGGUCAAGAUGGUGAGAUGUGCAGCAGUGAUGAUGAUGAUGAUGAUGAUGAUGACGAUGAUGAUGAGAGCAAUGAUGACCAAACAGUUGGCACAUAUGGACGGAACCGUUCAAACAAGAGGCGGAAGGUGAACAACAACAAGAACGGUCGAGGCAGGGAUUGGCUCCUGAGGAAAAAGGAGCAGAUGAGAAAAAGAGGACGUGAGGUUCCCGCUGACACGAAAUACACAGGGCGGAAGCGCAAGACCCGCUUCUAG